AUGCGUACCUCUCUCAUCACCCUUGGCCUCGCUGCCGCUGUUUCGGCAGCACCUGUCGCUUUGGAAAGCCGCACCACCUGCUAUAGCGGUGUAUAUGUCAUCGGUGUCCGUGGCACUGACGAGUCUGCUGGCUACGGAAGCGUUGCUUCUGUUGUAAGCAGUUUGCUCGCUGCUAUUCCUGGUUCCGCGGGUGUUGCGCUUGACUACCCAGCCUCGUACUUAGAUCCUCUCUACCCUACAUCAGUCACAGAUGGCAUCAACACUCUGAUCAGCUUGGUUCAGAACUAUGCCGACAGCUGCAGUGGUGAUAUCGUCCUCGUUGGUUUCAGCCAGGGUGGUAACGUUAUCACUGAUGCUCUUGCUGGAGGUGUGGAUAAGCCUACACCUUUGACCGCAAGCUAUGUCGACCGCAUCUCUGCUAUCACCGUCUUCGGAGACCCAACUUUCACACAUGGACAGUCAUUUGACGCUGGUACCGAUACCAGCAGCGACGGCAUUUUCUCCCGCGGCGGCGAUAGCCUUGCAUUGCUCAACACCUACGCUUCCAAGAUCAAGAGCUACUGUGAUACUGGAGACGUAUACUGUGCUUCUGGAGACAAUUCGAGCGCUCACGGUCAAGAAGUCCCCACCUGGGGUUCCGAUGCCGUGUCGUUCAUUGUUAGCAAGAGCACUUAA